AUGAGUGACCUUGACCGGGCGAUUGAGCAGCUGCGGGCCUGCCGCCUGAUCCCCGAAAGCCAAGUCCGCGAACUGUGUUACAAAGCGCGCGAGCUUCUGAUCGAAGAAGGCAAUGUCGUGUCGGUAGACGCACCGGUCACCAUCUGCGGUGAUAUCCAUGGCCAAUUUCAUGAUUUGAUGGAGCUUUUCCGUGUUGGUGGUGAUGUUCCAGACACAAACUACCUCUUUAUGGGCGACUUCGUCGACCGUGGCUUCUAUUCACUCGAAUCCUUCCUCCUCCUCCUCUGCCUCAAAGUCCGAUACCCCGAUCGCAUCACUCUGAUCCGAGGCAACCACGAAUCGCGCCAAAUCACAACGGUAUAUGGCUUCUACGACGAAUGCAUCCGCAAAUACGGCAGCGCCAACGUAUGGCGCUACUGCUGUGAAGUAUUCGACUACCUGGCCCUGGGCGCGAUCGUUCUCGGCGCGAGCUCAGAGCUAGAACCAACUUCAUCCACCCUAAAUGACACCGCACAAUCAAGUCUUCCGAUCGCAGAUAGUGCGCUAGAAACAGAAGUCUUAAACUCUCAAGGUCAUGUCACAAUGAGCACCUACCGCCCACGACACCGCUCCUCCUCCGACGCAUCCACAGACUCCCGCAACAUCUCCCCACCACGGGAUAUCUCAGCCGCCCCAGGCCAGGUUGCCGCGCCCUCUCGAUCAGGCGCACCGGGGACAGGCGCGAGCAGCGAUGGAAACGGCAGUGCCGUGACUAGCCAGACUGGAGCGGUGCUCUGCGUCCACGGUGGCUUGUCACCGCUCAUUGAUUCGGUGGACAAGAUUCGACUCAUUGAUCGCAAACAAGAAGUACCCCAUGAAGGUGCCAUGUGUGAUCUGCUCUGGUCAGACCCCGAUGAGAUCGAAGGCUGGGGGUUGAGCCCUCGUGGAGCCGGGUUCCUCUUUGGUGGUGAUAUCGUGAAGCAGUUUAAUCAUCUUAACGGUCUGUCGCUUGUUGCACGUGCCCACCAGCUUGUCAUGGAGGGCUAUAAGGAGAUGUUUGAUGGCGGCAUUGUAACCGUCUGGUCUGCUCCGAAUUACUGCUACCGCUGCGGUAACGUUGCCGCUAUACUUGAACUUGGUGAAGAUGCUAGUGGUGGAGGUACUGUCGCUCGCAGCAACGGCGAGUAUGGUCGGAGCAAUGGAAUUUCUGGCGAUCAUCGAGUUGUCAGUCCCGGAAGGAGGUACCGUGUUUUCGAGGCCGCAGCGCAGGAUACAAGGGGCAUGCCUGCAAAGAAACCCGUUGCGGAUUAUUUCUUGUGA